CUCUGACGUCAAAUAGCGCACGGUGUCGACGCCACUGGUGGUAUUACGGUUAUUUCUGUACGAACUCGGACUUCUCACGCGUUCAAAAUGAUCGGCACGGUCCGCAAGCAGCUGAGCAGCCAUCCAGCUCUCAUCCCCCUCUUCAUCUUCAUCGGUGGAGGAGUCGUCAUGUCCGCGUCGUACCUGGCUCGUCUGGCUCUGAGAAACCCAGAUGUCUGCUGGGAUCGCAAGAACAACCCAGAGCCCUGGAACAAACUGGCCCCCACUUACCAGUACAAGUUUUACGCCGUCGGCAUUGACUACAGCAAGCUGAAGAAGGAGGGUCCCGAUUUCUAAAGAGUCACAUCUGCCGGACCAAAGGCACAAAGUUGGGAUGAUCCACCGCACAGCCCCGUUUUGGACUUUCUCUGGAAACCUUUGGGGAUGCAGAGGCUAAACCCGCACAAUGAUUUCAUAUUUAACUUCUUCAUUGCAUCCCAUUGGCUUUUUUUGAAAUCCUUUCUCUUGUUUGUCACUGUCAGUCGCUCUCAAUAAAGCGAAUGAGUCUUUUCUCCUUCAUACAGAGAAAAGCGCUUCA